AUGGCAGUGGAUUGGACAAAAGUUGACGAGAUAAGAUUGUUAAGAUGGGUUGCUGAAUUUAAACCAGCCGGAUUACACAAACAUUUCCACAUGUAUUGUAUAGUGGAAAGGAUGAAUCAUCCUGACAAGUAUCCAGUAGUACUGUUGCAAAAAGAGAGUGUAAAGUCAGGUAAAAUCUUCACGGCAUCAGAAAUAUGGGAGAAAUUGAAUCAGUACUACAAUUUUGAGAUGAUGGAUAAAAUUGAAGAUCAUGAACAGUUUAACGAGCAUAGGGAUUUUGAACUGCCGUGGGAUGAAUAUGGAGAUUUGAUAUUAGAUCAUGCUAAAGGUGAAGAAGAAUCAGAGGAAGAAAAGGAGGAAAACGGAGGUGUAAAAAGGGAAGAACAACCGAAAGUAGCGGAAGCCACAUAUCUACAUGACUCUGAAAAGGAAGACUCAGCUAAUACUAGCAGUGGUAAUAUAAAUAAUAUGAAGAGAAGAUCUACAAGAUUACGAAAAUCCAGUCGGUUGCAUCAUAGUAGGAGCGGAAGCGAUGAAGAAGAUGCAUCCAAUGCAGUUUCAGGCGAUUCAGAAUCGGAUGGUGAGGAUGAAGAAGCACUGAAUGACAACAACGAAAAUGAAAAUGAAAAUAAGGGCAAGAAAAAUGACCAACCCUUAGCUAAAAGAACAAGACAUUCAUCAUCUGCAACUACGAACGUAACGAAUAAUGACAUUUCGCCCAAGAGAAAGAAACGUAAAUUAGAAGAAACUACGCCACCUUUACCACAACCAGUACAACAACAACAACAACAAGAGACAAGCCCUGAAUCUGCACAGGCAAUGCCUCCAGUUCGCACAAGUUCAAGAGUCUCCAGCAGGCUGCGUAAUAAAAAAUAG